UUGGUCCGUAGACCUACCUACUGUUCUCCCUGCAACAGCAAAAAAUGUAGUGUUGCAUUUUGAUGAGCGCCGCCAGUCGUGAAACUCUGCAGCACACACACACACACACACACACACACACGGUGUGCAGCAAACGAUUUGCGGAAGUGAGGUACCCCAUUCUGCAGCAGGUGACUGAGCAGCACAAUGAGACGUCAGUAGUCCCCCUCCGUAGCAUGGCCACGUCACGUUCCUCACGCGUCACAAGGUCAUCAGUCGGGCUCAAUGGAUUGGACGAGAACUUCUGUGGCCGAACCCUCAGGAACCGCAGUAUCGCCCAGCCGGAGGAGGUUCAGGGGUCACCGCUCCCCGGCAGCAGGGCUCCCCGCUCCCCCAAGAAGAGACAGGACGCCCAGGCUGGGAGCUCAGAGAAGCCUGGGGGUCACCAGGGAAAGGUAACCCACCACAAGGCCUCCUCAGUGGACAGGGAGACAUGGCCGAGCCCCAGGAAGAGGGGACUGUCCUGCUCAGAGAGAGAGAGUGAUGGGUGUGGGGGUUUGGACCAGGCUGAGAACUGUGAGGGGAGGGGGAAGGAGACGUCGGGGGCUGGUGGGAGAGAUGCUUCUCUGCUCCUCAAAAGGGCCAAACGGUGUUCCCGUCACGGGGAGUCGCAGGGCCCCGAGGACGACCCCUCUUCUGCACCCGCCAAACCUGACACCCCCCCAUCCUCCUGCAGCCCCCCAUCCUCCUGCACCCCCCCAGCGACUGUAAAGGAGAACAGGGAAGAGGGUGACCCGCUCAACCUAAUCUGCACCGCACCCUCUUCCUCUUCUCCACAGAACCUCAACAAAGAGGAAGGUGAGGAGGAGGACAGCGGUGGCCAUAUUGAGAGCGACUGCCAUGCUCAGCAGCCCCUGAACUCCACUUCCCAUAAUUCCCCUGUUCCGCCCCAGAACUCGAACUCCCAUAAUUCCCCUACUGGACAGACCAGCAGUGUCUUUGACGCUCAGACAAUCCCCCCGGGUGCCAGCACCGCCGUUAACACCGGCUGCCAAGGUCCCAGUCCCACACUGCCGAACGGCGGCCAGAUGGGGGCUCCCUGCCCCUCGCCCCCAGACCCCAUAGUGCCUUGGAGAAACUGUGAUCCUGUGCAGGAGGAGGAGGAGGAGGAGGUUAGGGACUCUGGGGAGUAUUCUGCUCCUCCUCUGGCCUCCUUUGAAGAGGACUCCUCCACCCCACACCUGUCAGUCAGGGAGGAGGAAGUGGAGUUGGAUGUAGUGGGGGACUCGGUGUGUCAGGAGGAGGAAGUGACAGCGACCGAGGAGGAGGAAGAGGAGGAGGAGGAGAGUACCAACGGGAGAAGUAAUGGUUGGCCACUGGUGCAGGAUGCUGUUGCCACCAGUAUCAUCAACGUAAACCACAACAUCAACAACUCAGGAGAAUCCACCAUGCCUUUGCUAGCCCCCCAGACCCCCUCAGAGACCCCUUCUGUCUCCGGCACUUCGCCCCCGUCUUUCACCCAACCCCACGAACACCAAUACACCCUGAGGACUUCGCCCCGGAGAGCUGGGGCCCCCUUCGUCCCCUAAACCCUGCUCCCCUCC